AUUUUUGUCUCCAGGCUCCAUUAGUGCGGGAUUGGCGGGUUGGCCCCUAGGGGCGCAGCACCACACCGACUGAUUGGCAACUUCAGCUGUCUGUCGGCGCAGGGGACAGUGAAGUUAGUCUCCAGCUCUUUGCUGAGUGCAUAUAUGGACAGAAAUAGCCCUGACCAGCACUAUAGGCUGUAAGUCUUUGGUUUCCUAACGCAGGACCUCGGGCCUGUUAGGGGUCCUUGAGCAGGGUUCCUUAACAGAGUGGGAAAUUGUGGUAAUUCAGGAGAGGUUGUUGUGAAAUUGGGGACAAUGUGCUACUGCCCGUGAAAAUAAAUCAUAAUAUAAAACCUUAUUUCUAAUUAAUUUUUUUCAAAUAAGAUAUUAAUCAAAACUGCAAACGAUUCACUUUCAAUUGUUUAAAAAUGAGCUCCCUCGUUCAAAACGCACUGUGGACACUGAAAAUACAAAUUGAAAGAAUGCCUUACUGUAUACUAUUUUUAUUUUUUUCCAACAUCGUUUUAUAUAUCUUAUUUCUCAACUUAUCUACAGUAAAAGUGUUCCCGCUUCACGUUACGUCUGCUGGUUACCACGACAACCGCGGAAGUGCCUUUCCAAAAAGGCCCCUAGCAACCGUUGCUUUAAAAAACUAAGAAAUUAGCAUUAACUACCAAAUAUUGAUAACCUGUACCGUCGGUAGUGUUCAACAGGAGUGACGGCUCAGUGGGGAAGAAGUGAUGUGUGUGAGGCAGCAGAGCCUGAUGCAGCAGACCUUUGCUCAUAAGGAGGGUGACGGCGAUGCUGUGAGCUGCAGCACUGACACCUCCAGGUGGUCGACCCCCCCCAGACCGUGCAGUGGCUCAAAUACCUCAAACUGCUCUUCGGACUAUGAAGACCAAGCUGACUCGCUUAUAGACAAGACCCCAGAGGCCAAGUCAUCAGUCAAGAGUCAAGGAUCAAAGCCAUCCAGAAGCAAAAAGGGUAAAAAAGGCCCCAACAGGCAGAAGACGAACUACGCUGCAGGACGCCAAGUAGUGAAGUUGCCUCCAAUCAAACCCCUGCAGGUUUCAAGGCCAAGGAUCAAGUCUGCCAACUUGAGUUGCAUCAGGGAGCUGCAGAACCAGGUGGGGGACCUGCAGCAGCAGCUGAGCGAGGCCAGGACUGAGAACAAGCUGCUGAAGAGGGUCCAUCAUCGCCACACGGUGGCACUGCAGCACUUCCAAGACUCAGAGGGCAGCCUCUCUCAGAUCCUCACCAAGCACAAAAAUGAGGCCCGAGUCCUGCAGGAGUUGCUCCGUGAGACCCGCGCCUGUCGUGACAGUCUGGCAAGGCAGCUCCAAGCCACAGAAAACAAGUUACUGAGUACCAAGGCCAGUCUCCAGCACCUACAGCUUCUCAGCCAGGAUUACAGCCUGCUGGAGAGGGAGGAGCUCACCCUCAGACUGACCAGGGCCACUGCAGAGCUAGAGGAGAAGGACAAGAGGAUACUGGACUUGGAGAGAAAUCUCGAGUUGUGCCAAGUCUCAUUCAGUCGCCAAAUAGCGACUGAAAAAAGAAAGUUCAAUAAGGCGAUAAAGCUAUCCAGCUAUCUGCAAGAGCAAAUAUGUCAGCUUAACAGGAGCCUUCGAGAUAGAGAGAAAGAACUGGAAAUACACAAUAUUUACUCCCACAGAUUCCUAAAAGGAUUUACCAAAAAAGGCAGACAAAGCAAGAUGGUUCAAACAGAUGGAUUAAUCCUCCUCCCCAAUGAGCCUGUGAGUCUUUUGGAGUUGGAAUAUACUGAGAGUGAAGAGAGGCCGGAGGAGCAGGAGAGCUCUGUGAACUUGUGUUGUAUUAACCCUGUACAGACGUGUCUGGAAAUAGAAAAUCCAGAGACAGAUGUUUUGGUAAAUGUGACAUUAGAAGAGAAUCACCAAGAGGAUACUGAGACAUGUGCAGACACCAGUGAGCAGAACAGCCUUUCAGAAGAGAGCCUAGAAGAUCAAACUGAGGGAGACGAUGAAGAUAAUAAGGCAACGGAGGCCCCACAGGUGUCAGAGGAAGAGCAGGAAACAGAGGAACAUGAAAGCGAGGUGUCCUACAUUUUAGAAAAGUCUCUGAAUGCAACUGAACCUAAGAGAAAAGGACAGAGGCUCUCGAAAAUGAUACGUAACUACACCUUCUCACAACCUAUUGAGAACCUGCACAGUGGAAGACCUGCCUACAGCACUGUGGACUUGAAUCCCUGUGAAAGCCCCCAGAGCCUGAUGAGGGCGGAGACCCUCUGCAGUGGGAUUAAAGAACUUCAUCUACCAGCUGGGAAAUCCAGAAGAGACAGAGAGGGCAGCCCUCAGUGUGAGUGAAGGGAGAAAGAGUAGGCUGCAGAGGAGCCCCUCCGUCCAAGUACAGAACAAACAUGGCCGAGGGCAAAAAUGUCUAUACAUCUAUAUUUUAUAGCUGCCAUAGACAGGAAAACUGGAUUAGGACAAUUUAACUGUACUUGAGUAUUUCUUUGAAUAAAUGAU